AUGUUGAAUCUGAUGAACAAUUGGGUAAUGAGUCAGAUGAAAAAUCGGAUAAUGAGUCAGACGAAAAAUCGGGUGAUGUGUCAGAUGAACAAUCGGGCAGUGAGUUUGAAAAACAAUUAAAACUUUAUAAAGUUUUUCAAACGGUUGAAGAAGCGCAUAUUGCAGUUGUAUCUUUUGCCCAUUCAAAUAGAUUUGGAAUUCGUAAAAAACAUGUUGAAAAGGAUGCGAAUGGCCAGGAAAUUUCAAAAUCCAUUUUAUGCCAUCAUGCUGGAAAACCAUCCACUACAAAUACAUCAUAUAACACAAAUGAAUCUGGUUCAUGUCGUACUGGCUGUAAUUGGAAGGUUAACAUUUACUAG